GUUGAGCUGUCUGUCUAUGCUGUGUGCGUCAUUCAUCAGGCGUCAUUGAAGCCGUGUUUCGCCAGAAUUUAUUUCACCUCAUCAAUCAAUAUAUAAAAGAAAACUAAGUUUGUGCUCAGCUCAGGAUCUGGUCAGAAGUACCAAUACCAGUAAUUCAAUCGUAAUACUUGCAGUUUUUUCCGAGAGACCUAUCAAAGUAACAAUGAGUUUCCAGUCACCUAUGCCCAGCAGAGAGUUCCUGUGGGACAUCUUUAGGAGGGUGGACAAGGACAGAAGUGGCUACAUUUCCGCGGAUGAGCUUCAGCAAGCGUUGUCCAAUGGCACAUGGAAUCCUUUUAACCCUGAAACAGUGCGUCUUAUGAUUGGUAUGUUUGACAAGCAGAACAGAGGUGUCAUAUCGUUUGAAGAUUUUGGGGCAUUAUGGAAAUAUGUCAGCGAUUGGCAAAAUUGCUUCAGAUCUUUUGACCGUGACAACUCGGGCAAUAUUGACAGGCAAGAGUUGAAAAACGCCCUGACUGCAUUUGGCUACAGACUGUCUGAUGAAGUGGUCAAUACUAUGGUGCAGAAGUUUGACAGAUUUGGAAGAGGGACGAUACUGUUUGAUGACUUUAUUCAGUGCUGCGUCACUUUAUACACUUUAACAUCAGCAUUCCGUCAAUACGACACAGACCAGGAUGGAGUCAUCACAAUCCAUUAUGAACAAUUCCUGAAAAUGGUGUUUGGACUAAAGGUAUAAACAAAAGAUAAAAGAUGAACCUAUACCAUGAGUAUCAGAUGAUACUUACUUUGACUAUUAUAACAACUAUUUAGACUUCAUGUCAAUUUGUUACUAAUAAAUUGCAUUCACAACAUUAAUUUGAUUGAGAUUAUUAAUUUGAUGACAUAUUAUUAUAAGAAUGAUUUAUUAAGCUCAAUUUAUUAGUAACAGAAAUUUUCUUUUUUGAGAAAUGAAUGUCUGAAACCUGCCUGAAAAUUUAAUUUACAAGCGGGUAAAAAUAUGUAAGUCUGUCUGUGUAACUAAUAUGUAUGUAAGCAAUUCUUCAUUUAUUUUUUAUUUUUUUAUUUCCAGUAUUAGUUUGGUUACUAUUCCAUUACCUUUUUAUAACAUUUAGUAAAUUAUGGUUUAAAGCACAAAUAAAACAAAUAAAUAUAUUCCUAUCAUAAAUGUGAAACAUAAUGAAAUAUGUAAUGAAGUUCUAAAUGAAGAAUCAUACAAUGAAAAUUGUAGCUAUUAUAUUAAUAAGAAGUAUUGAUUUGAGUAAAGUGUAAAAUGUAUGUUAAAUGUUGCAUUUCAUUAAUGAAAGCUUUAUUGUUAAAUGUUUGUAAUCACGCUGCUUUAUGACUGUCUACAGUUAUUCAGUGUAAUUAAAGAUUGAAAACAACAACAACAUAAGUUCUCUACAUGUUGUCAUAAAGUAUUUUUUAUAGAAAAUCAAUUGAUUCUUUUACGUUUCAAUUCUAAAAAUUACAAUGAAACACUGUCUUCCAAUUUUUCACAGCAUAUUACAAAAUUAUAUGAACCAUUAUAGCAGGCAUGUAAUGGAUAAGCUGAUUGUUAUAUUGAUGGACAACUAAUGAGACAUAUUUUAUAGAAGGUUAAUCAAAAUGAAAAGUUAGACUUCAUUUAAAAUUUAAACUGUUGAUAUCUCGAAUCGCUAGUCAAUGCGUAAAAUGAUCGGGCUUUGAAUCUGUUCUGUUAGUUCUGACUAAUCAAGAUGUUUUUCUUCCGUCCAGUGUUGGCCGUAAACAUCGAUGAAGAGUUCAUUUUUUCGCCACUGAACCUUGGGGGUAAAUAUUUAAGUAGGUAACCUAAUUUUUUAUGGUGUACGUAAACUGUGAAUGGUCAAAGGUAAUAGGCACGUGAUUUUGCUUUGAAACAUUCAUAAACAUUAGCAAGGUAAUGACCUUGUUGAAUCACUUCUUUUUAAUAGCUACUAUUAGAGAUACUGGAUAUUCUAGACUAUUAAAUCUUAUAUUUUUCUACUAAUUAGCUUUUAAUUUUUCAACUGUAAUGACAUUUACUUGAUUAUGAGACUCUUAUCUUCUUUAUGAAACUAUUUAUUUACUUAACUUUCUAUUUUCUUUAUCUCCUUUAGGGUGAAGAUAAGUGGCAUGUUAAUUUGUUAUUGCAUUUUAGUAUAAUAUCAAGCCUAGUUGAUUUUUUGUGGCAAAAUAUUACUUGUUUCUAUUUCUAUUUAUAACUUUUAUAAUCUAUUACUUGACACUUAUGCAACACUUUAGCCUCAUGCACGAACUACGAAAUCGUAGACAUAUGUACCUAUUUGAUUACUUUUAUUGGGGUACAUUUUGUUUUUAGAUACGAUAUCAAUAAAACAUGUUCUCAUUAAAAUAUGUCAACACUGUCUGAAAUCAUUGUAAUGUAUCUUUUUUAUAAAUAUUAUGUAUUUCUUCCUUUCAAUACUGCUCAACAAAUUAUAUACGACUGUAAAAAGUAUAUCUGCCGCGUGGCCGAAAAUGAGCUUAUUCUUUUGAAUAAUUUGGUAGGUAAAAGUAGAAUUUACUACAUUUAUCUGGCUGGAGGCAACUUUCUAUGUUACUGUUUGUUUAAUCUAAAUAUGAGCAGGCUCAUUCCAUGAUUGAAGUGGUAUAAGUAUAUAUUUUUUCAGAAAAUUACAUAAUGUGAUACUUACAGCCAUUAGUAUUUAUUAAGUAAAUAAGAAACAACAAUAUAAGCAUCAUUUAUUGAAUGAUUGCAAAUUACUUUUAUUUAAUGUACUAUAUUA